GAGAUAAAAGUUUUUAGAUAAUAAAUAGUAUAUAAUAUUCGUCGCCAGAGGUCACGACCGUUUAAUUUAGGAAGUCUCGAGGAAUGGAAUUGAAGUUGUUCGAGGGAAGAUUAAAGAAGAAGAAACUGAUGCUAGAUGUCGUUGCAUUCGUGCACGAUCUACAAAUGGCGAAUCUGCAGAAGAAAACUCGGUAACUCGUGUUAAUGUUUGAAAAAGCUGUAGAUUUAACUAGUGUCCAUAGUCAUUCGACGUAUACACCAUGAUAUAUAUCGAAUUCUAUUAAUGCCGCAUAAACAUUAUAGCGUCGAAAAUCGUGUGAUAGGCGAUUAAAUAUCAUUUCGUUGUAUAUAUCAAUGGUCAUAAUAAACUAUUCUUGUUCGUAGUAGCAUAUACGGAAACUAUUCGGCAUUGCAUACAUCGAGAAAUGGCAGAAAUAUGACGAGCAAAGCGAUAACGUGAAAAAACCGAUUAUAUUUGGCGUGAUAUCUGCCGAACAUGAAUAUCGGUUAAAGCGAGAUAUAUAUUUAUUGUAUCGUUUGGAAAUUUGUUACCAGCGAAGAUCCCUCGUUGCCUACAUUUUCUUAAAGAAUUCAACGUAUACGGAAGCAGACAUCUCGAAUAUAAUGAAUGGUAAAUUAAAAAUAAAUGCAAGAAACAUGGAUGAGUAUGAUAAAAAAUUUGCAGAGAUGCAAAAGUACAUUCCAUUUUUAGAAGCUAUGAUCGAGAGGUUACAAAAUGUUAAGGACAAAUCAAGAGAAAUUCAGUUACAAAAGAUGCAAAGUCUGCAUGGAAUCUUAUCUAAUAGUAAACGGAAGUUAAAGAUCGAAACAUUACAAAGAUGUGAAGAUGUUUUACAAAAAUUGCACAAUAAAGUAGAAAAGUUUCAGGGAAAUGCUCCAGGAUUACAUGUGCCGAACAAAAAAAUUGGAAACAUCGAUUCGCAGUCUACAGCUUCACUGGACGAUACUGAAAAUCGUAACAAGAACAGAGAGUCGCCUGAUAUCGAAGUAAUAACGAUACAAACAAUGGAAGAAACUCCGGCCAGUCCGAGUCCCCCAGUUAGUCCUGAAACGGUACCUCAAAUGGCGCCUAUAAUUAUCCCUACCGAAAGAAGCAUUGACCCGAUAUUGGAAAUUUGCGAUAAGCAUAUCAAUUUGAACGAAAUGGAGAUAUCUCACAGUAUUAAGCCAAUCGUUAUACCGACUGAACGUAAUUGUGAUGUAGAUAGACAGUCACCGAAUUCAAAAAUUGGCACGAUUAAUAACGAAGAUACCGAUGAACUCACAUGUUCCGAAUGGGAUAUGUUAGAAGAAUCCGAAAUACAGAAUACAAAAUUUACUAGAGGUUCUUGGAAUCCUGUGGUUUCUAAUAACGAUGUUUCCAACGCAGCUAAACUAAUGAGCAAUAGUUUAUCACAGAAAACGACCGAUUCGCAAACGACAACAAAAUCUCGACACAUAAUUACCCUUCCAGUACCGUCCUUAGGAGGUUCCAGGAGACUAUCGUCGGUUUUAGAAAAAAAUAUGUUACCUGGAUUGAAUCUAGAUACAGCCAAUACAAAUAUUAAAUCAGAAUCGCCUGUGAACGUUCCAGAAGUUUUACUUAAAUCACCCGACUCUGACAUUUUGUUCUCUAAAUCUAAAAGUAUUUCACCAAGGGCAAAGGAUGGAUUCUCUACAUCAAAAUCGAGUUCAAAACCGGCAAUGCUAGUUUCACCUCCGCCUGUUUCGACCGAACCACCGCUUUCUAUUGAAGAUUUAGCCGAGUUACUCAACGAAGAAGAAGAAACAGACGGCGAUAAGAAAGACGAGCAAUUACAAGAUAACUCAGAUUGUAAAAAGAUAGGGUUGGAAAAGCCAAAAGAAGAUAUCCUAACAAAGAAGGAUAACAAUAAAAAGGUAUCAGCCAAUACUGAUUCAGGUACGUCGAAACAACUGUCUCAAGACGAAAUUGAUCGGGAAAGCGAUAGACGUUGGGAAGAAGUAGACAAACAUAUAGUUAAAUUUACAACAAGAAAAUGUUUAUCAAACGUAGUUCAGACAUCGUCGAAUGCAAAACCGGAAACAUUAAAGUCUAACGAAAUAAAGGGUCCACCACCACUGCUUCAACAUAAUUUUCCUUCAAAUAUUGAUAAGUCGCAUGAUCACAGGCACCGAUCAUCUUCGCCGCCUUUUAAACUAGAAUCACAUUAUGCUGAGAACUAUGAAAGACAUCCGCGUCAAUUGCGUGAUAAUAUUAAUGAUAAAAUUCUAAAUGUGCAUUCUCGUUUGAUUCACGAUGAGGAUGUGCACGUUUUGCAUGGUGGUCCUAUUAUGCAAGAGGACAGAAAUACUAUGCUUUAUCAACGACGCGCACAAACUCCUAAUAUGGGAGAUGCUCCUAGAAUAGAUCAUUCAGUCCAACAGGAACAUUUUAAUAGACAACCCGUAAAUCAGCCUUUAUGGCCGCCUCCUCAUCCUCCCUCAAAUCCAAAUGAUUUCUGUAAUCCUCAGUGGACUUCUCCUAAUAAUUAUAAUGGAAUAGGGAAUAACUCAAUACAAGGUAUACCUAUACCUAAUCCUAUGUAUCCGCACCCAAUAGGAAUGCACCAAGAUAUGUGGAACUCUGUAGUUCCAAAUUCUGCUCCUAUAGAUUCGCACCCGAUUAAUGAUUCGCCGAUCAGACCGAAUCAUUUUAACGCGAACAUUAUACCGAUAAUUAGACCAUUGUUAAGUACUCCACAUCCACGACCUCAAGAAAUUGUUCACGAUGAUCCACCUUCUAUAAAUCCAUUGAUAAUACCGCCUUUAAUGUCUCCUACAAGUUUCCCUCCUCAAUAUAGAGGUUUUCAUGAUGUUCCUUUUGAUAGACCCAUUGAUUAUCCGAUUCCAAGGCAAUCGUGGGAUCAACCGAUAAAUAGGCCGAAUGAACCUCCUUAUCGAAAUGAUUCUGAAAUGAAUUGUACAGACGGAAUGAUGGGAAUGCCUGGUUCGUAUACAAGACCUAGCACACCUUGUCCCUGGAACAGAGAUAGAGAUCGAUGUAAUCGGGGUAGAGGUAGAGAUGGAUAUUACAAUGAUAGAUGUAGAGGAGAAGUAAGAAACAAUUUUAAUCGCGAUGUUCGGCCUAGACCUGAACGACUCAGAGACGUUCAUAAUGACUGGGACAAUUGUAAUCGAUUUAAUAGAGACACUCGAAUUUCAGUUUCGGAUAGAGAUCCACGCCUGAUGCGAACAGAUCACUCUCUGAACACUACAUUGUCUUUAAACUUGAAUCAUAACCGAGAAAGUAGUAGUAGCAGUAACACGAACAGAGAUCCACGUCUGACCAAGGAUAAGCAUUUGAAUGUAAAUAAAUUUAAAGAUAAUACAUAUCAAGAAAGAGAUCCUAGAAAACGUUCGAUACCGUCUUUGAUUACGGUACCCAUAACACUACGAAAAAUCAAGCAAAAAUCAAAGUUGAAAAAAACUGAAGCGCAUAGACGUGAUUCAGAUAAUAAUAGCAAACAAAUGAGCGACAAGGUAUCCAAAGAUAAAAUGCAGUCACCACUCGAGAGUUUAUAUGGUGUCAUAGACACAAAGGGUAAAAGUAGUCACUCUUAUGGAUUGCAAAACUUCAAAAUACCAAAGAUCAAACGAUCAGAACAGUCGACGAAUUCGAAUAAUCCUUCAAACGAAGAGAAAAAAUCUGAUAGCGAUAAAAAUAGCACUGAAAAAGACGAUACGUCUGCAGAAGUUACAAGCAGUAGCGAUGUGUCAAACAUGAAAGAAAAUUGGGACGUAGAUGAUGUAAUUUCUGAGACAGUAGCUUUAAAGAACGAGGAUGUUUUACCGAUAGAAACAAUGAAUAUAGAGAGAGACGCUUCAUCCCCGACAACGUCAACCGUUGACGGAAAUGAAUCGAAAUUUGAAGAACCUGAUUCAAUAACGAAUACAUCUGCCAGUACUCCCGAGAUUGCAGAGAAUGAUACGAGAUUGAAGAAAGAUGAUACAGAAAUAGAUGGACUUAAAUUGAAGGAUGAAGUUACUCAAGAAUGGAUCGAAGGUUUAAUUAGGAAAUCUUUAGAAUUUGGACAGGGAAAGAAAUUAUUUGAACAAGCUAAAUUAAUACAAAAAUUAGGCGAAGCGUUAGAAGCAAAAAAAUUGAAAAAAAUUAAAAAGAUUAUCGAAUCCGAAUCUGAAAGUAGUAAUUCGGAUAAAGAGGAAGAUCUUGAAGCAAAAAAGACGCAAGUUAAGAAAAAGCGACGUGUUAUCGUUUCUUCUGAUAGUUCUGAUGAAGACUGCUUAGCAGAAAGAUUGGAUAUAUUGACUAAUUUGUCAAAAGAAAAAGAGAAGAAAAAAGAAGUUGAAAAAAAUAAGAAUAAAGAAGUUGAAAAAGAUAAGAAUAAAGAAGUUGAAAAAGAUAAUGAUACUAAUAGUGUUGACAAUUGCAUUUCUAUUGAAAAGGAUCAGAAAGAUGUGUGUACUGACUCUAAGGAACUUAUAAACAUCAUUGACAAACCUGAUAAUGAAAAGUUAGAAAAUUCCUGCAUUGUUUUGGAAAACUCUGAAACAACUGAAGUCUCGGAAUUUAACGAUGAUCAAGAUAACAACGAUAACACGAACAAGAUCUCAGAAAACAGCAAUGAUAACAACGAAAUUGAAGACAAAAAGUUUGAUUUAGAACAGACACAAAAAUGCACUGAAGCAUUAAAUGCGAUUGAACAAUAUACGCCAAUUGAGGAUACUUCAAUAAGCAAUGAAAAAACUGAAGACAAAGAAAGUGUUUUAAAAAUAUCUAAACCAAAAACAAAAAGGAGAAAUUCUUUGGAAAUGUUACAGGAAGAUAUUCGAGAAAUGUUUAUUAGCGAAGGUGUAGUAACUGCUACAGGGCAUCGUAUGUGCCGAGUUUUGAAAGAAAAUCAAGCAAAUACUUCUACAAUUACAUCUGCGAGUAAUUCGAGUUCAGUAUCGAAAAAAUCAGAAUCAUGCAAAUUAUCGGAUAAACAGAAUGUGACGAUUGAGGGUGAAGAACAAAUGUUGAAUAUCUCUAAAACGAAAAAAUUGCCUAGAAUUCGAAAUAACGAGAAGUCGGGAAAAACUAAAUGCAAGAAUAAAAAAGAAGUACAACGGGUCACGCGACAACGUGUGAAAGAGCGAACUUUCAGUUCUGAUAGUGAGGAAGAUCAACCUUUAUCCUUGCGAACGAUUAAUCGAGAAUCGAAUAGUAACAAAACUCUCGAUGUUUCUAAAGAAGAGGAUGAGAAAUCUCAAGAUAUCGAAAUUUUGCGUAGAAGUAAACGUGUACUUCGUAAAGAAAUUUCGAAAGAGGCACGAGUUCUCAUCGAAAAGACGGAUAUUUCAAAAAUAGAUUGUGCGAAAGUGAUGUUUGAUAGUUCUUCGGACGAAAGCUUUGGUGCAGAUGAGGCAUAUUCACUUAAUACAGAAAAACAAUCAAGUCAUCAAGAUAGCUCAUCACAGGUAGUAUCAUCUAAAAAUAAACCAAAUGUUCAGAAUCUUUCUAAGAAAGGUUUAAAGAGAAAACGUCCAAUGCUUCUCAAUAUUGAUAAGAUUGAAGACGUUGUAUCUGUCACAGAUGAGGAAAGUAUUGUUUCAGACAUAUCUAUGUCGAGUAGUAUAGCUUCUGCGAAGAAAGUUAAUAAUAACAUUGAUAAAUCGAAUAACAGUGAAGAAUCAUUAAAUGAUACCGUGGUAGGAUUGGUACCAUCUAAAGAGAACAAAGACAUUUCUCAAAUAGAAAAGGGAAGUGAUGCUGAUGUUGAUGAAGAUGUCAAUGAUUCGGUACGUAUUGAGCAAGGUCAAAAGAAAAUUUCAGUUAAGAAAAAGAAAAAGAAAUUUAACUGGCAGAUGGGUAUUUUAUCAAAAAAGAAAAGGAAAAAGACUUCAACUUCAGUGCAGGUAGAAUCUGAUCGAAUUAUUCCUGAAAGUCAAGAUACUUCAGAGAAAAUAAGCAUUCAAAAAGACGAUGAUGUAAAAGAAAAGCCAGAAAAUCCAAUAGAAAACAUUCCAGAAAAAGAAGAUAUAAAAGAAGAUAUAAAAGAAGAUAUAAAAGAAGAUAUAAAAGAAGAUAUGAAAGAAGAUAUGAAAGAAGAUAUGAAAGAACCUAUCUCACUCUCUGUAAACAAUGAAAACGAUGAAAACAAUGAAAACAAUGAAAACAAUGAAAACAAUGAUGCCAGUAAUAAUGUCGCAAAUAACGAAGAAAAUGGUGAGGAAAAAGAUAGUAAAGAAAAGAAAGAAGAAAUAAAUUGCACAGAUACGUGUGAUGUACCUGCAGCGUCAUCAAUGGAAAAUACUGUACUCGAAAUGGAAAACGAAGAAAUUUCACCUAUAAAUGAAAAUAUAUCUACAAACGAAGAUGUAUUUUUAGUAUCAAAAGAUUCUGUAUCCGAUGAAUAUGAAAAACCUGUUAAUUUAAACAUACAACAAUUAAUUGAAUAUGCUUGGAUAGGUUUAGAAAAAUAUAAGUGCUUACUUUGUCCCUUCAAUGGUAAAAGUAUUGUUCAUCAUUAUAAAACGAAUCAUCCUGACGAAGAAGUUUUAAUAUCUAGAUUUCAACCCAAAGAAGCUCAAGCGGCAAUAGAAGACUCUAAGAAUAAUAAUUACGAAGAGACAUCUACAAUAUUUUCAGAGCAAAAGUCUUAUUUAUUUAAUUGCAGAGUUUGUUAUUUUUCUACUGAAGGAGCAAAAGAUGCUGUUAUAGAAGCAUUUUAUGAACAUUGUACAACACACACUGGUGAAUAUCGAUUUCGAUGUAAGAGUUGUCCUUAUCAAACUAUUACUAAAACAUCUAUGCGUGCUCAUUAUUAUAAAAUUUGUCGCAAAUAUAAUAAUUUAUUUACUGAAAUUAUAAUUGAAGAUACAAUACCAAAAGAGAAUGGUGUAUAUGGAUAUUUGUGCUCAGUAUGCAAUUAUGUACAAUUAAAACGAAUCAAUUUACGGACACACGUUGAAAUUUGGCAUCACGAUGUAAUGGAUGUAGAUGUUAUAAAAAUAAAUAUGUCUACUGAUGCAACUGAUAUAACAAGUCCAGUUCCAAUAACUAGUGAAAGGUUAGAAUUAAAGCUUGAAAACUAUGAAACUUCUCAAUCAGAAGAGCAACAAAUAAAUGAUGGACAAAAUAAUGACGCACAUGUGGUUUCUAAUAACUCUGUAAGUAAAAUUACAGAAACACAAGCUAUUUCUGAAAAGAAAGAUCAAGAGGUUUCUAAGAAUAAGGAAAUAGAAUGUAUAACUGAUAAAGAUUCGUCAAAUGUUCCAUCCAACUCUAAAGAAGUAUUGAUAUUGCCUGAAAAGGAAUCAGCAGAACUAACAGUACCAAUUACUAUUAGUGACAAAUUAAGUGUAUUUGUAUGUCCACCUGAAUUAGAGCACAAAGAAGUAGAGAUUCAAUUAGAACGAAGAAAGAAAAUGCAAGAGAUUGUUGAAAACUUUGGGAUUAAAGUACAUAAAGAUGUUUCUGAAAAAAAAUCUAUUAUCGAUACUCUCAAAGAUAAAAUGAAAACAAAUGUGCAUAAAGAAGAUUGUCAGAAUAAAGAUCUUGUGUUAAUUAAUAAUGUAUCUGAACCAUGUGCUUCAAACAACUCUGUAUCUUCUAUAAGCACAACACCACCUCAAAGUAAUACAAAGACAACAGAACCAUGUAUAUCAGAUGGUAAAACAACAAGUAAGGAAGAUAUAUCGAAAUCUGAUGAAUUGAAGAAAACGAAAGAGCAAGAUAAUAUCAAUACAGUUCAAAAUAAUUUAAAUCUUAAUUCUGAGAAAGCAGAUGUUCAAGAACCUUUAGUAUCCGCAAAUGUUGAUGGUAAGGUCAUUGAAAGUGAAAUUGAAACAAGUGAUAAUGAAACUACUAGAGAGUCUGCAACUAUUUAUGAUUCAGAUUCUAGUAGUGAACAGACAGACACUGAAAUGACUACAGAUGUAAAUACAAUAUUAAAGGAAACUUCUAAUAUCACUGUAUCAUCGAAAGAUCCAAUGAUGACAACUAUACAAAGACUUGCUGCUCAACUUCAAAGUAUAAAAUCACGUGAUGGAUGUACAUCCGAAAAUUCUACAAAAGUGCAAACUGAUACUGAUAAAACGUCCGCGUCUGCAUCUAUACCAAAACCUCCAAAUGUUGUACCUAUUGCAAGUAUUAAACAUUUCUUAGAGAAACAAGAUAAAAAAAUGUAUGAGUCCAUAAAACAAAUCACAAGUAAUGACAAUGAACCAAAAGGUUUCCUCAGAUUUAGACGCUUGAGCGGUGAUAUGCUCUCUGUGCCUACUCAGCCUUCAGAAAAUCAAGAAGAUACUAUAUCUUUAACUGGUACUGGUAGCCAAUCUGAUACUCCAGUGGAUAUAUUACAAACAGAUACAGAAGAGGAAUGUUCAUUUUUAAAAAUUGAGAAUGUAGUUAGUCUUGCACCAUAUACUGAAAGUGUCAGAAAUGAAAAUACGAUUAUAAAUGAUAUCAGAAAAGCUGUUGAAACUUCACCAAUGAAGCGUAAAGCAGUUUCAUUACUAAAAAAGGCUACUCAACCACUUAUUUUAAAAAGAAUUAAUUCUGUAACUAUAAGACAGCCAAUUCCAACAAAAAGUACUGCUCAAGAAUCUGUACAAUUAAUACCAGUCCAAUCAUUGACACCUACAUCAUCACAUACUACCAAUUAUGUACCAAUUGUUCCAAAAUCAAAGAUAAUUCAAAUAGAACAUAAUAAAUUACCAUUUCAAGUUUCUGUUGGUAAAAAUACUAAUAUUGCACCAGUAACUGCACAUAAUAUUACAGGCUCAAAAUCUUCAACUCUUACAAAUUUAAAUUAUAAAAUCCUGAAAGUAGUUAGAACAUCACCUCUUCUUAAAGCAAAUGAUUUAACAUCACAAUCAAUAAUAAGUAAAUUGAAAUCUUCUGAUGUUUAUGCUGCUAUGUUAAAACCUCCAAAGCUUAGUCAGUUAUAUAAGUGUAUGGGUCGAGAUUGUUCUUUUACAACAGAUUCUACUACUUCAUUUUGUCAACAUUAUGCUCAGCAUGAUAUGUGUGUUAGUAAGAAGAAAGAUAAUUCUUCGUAUGAUUAUCAAAAAUGUGCUUAUUGUUUUAUGGUGCUGAGUGAUUGGACACAAAUGCAACAGCACAUGGAAGAGAAACAUGCACAUUGUCGUUAUCAAUGUAAUUGCUGUUUUUAUAGAGCAAUUGCACCAUCUUAUGUACAAAUUCACCAGGCGGUAUCUCAUGCAGGAAACCAUGCUGGCAUUUUGCUGGGUAAAUUAAUAAGAGAGCUUCCAAUAAAAGAAGAUUAUAAUCGCCAUGAUUAUAUACAACCAUUCGUAUGUCAACAUGAGUGUGGAAAGGUUUUUUACAUACCAGAAACAUUCAUAUCUCAUUUGAAGACAAAGCAUUCAGUUACUCUAUCUAUUUACAAGUGUCAUCUAUGUUCUGCAUCAUGCUUAAAGAUAGAGCAACUCAUAGCACACUACAAAAUUCAUGGGAUUUAUAAAUAUCAAUGCUUAUACUGUUUAAAUGGUGCAGACUCAUUUAGUGAUAUGCUCACCCAUUUAAGCUUAUUUCAUUGUAACAGAUUACCACAAAUUCUUGAACGUUCUGUACCAGCACAGACAAUAAGAACUCAAGACGUAAUAAAUCAACUUUUAAUAAGAACCUUAGACAUAAAAACAUCAAGUGAAGUGAUAGAUGCGAAGAAUGAAUUAGAAAAUAAACAGGAAAAAGAUCUCGAAUGCUUAUCUUCCACUUCUUCUCAAUCAGUGGAAGAAAUUUCUAUAUUGGAUGAAAAAACAAAUGAUACAUCAGAUAAAAAGUUAGUUAAUAUAUUUUCAACAUGUAGUAGUAAUGAAAGCAAUUCUUCAUCUUUUAAAAUGUUUUCUAACUCUUGUAGAAAUAAUUCCUUAGACGCAAUGCAUAAUUCUAAUAGCUGUAAAGAUCUUGAGUGUGAAGAUAGCACAUCUGAAAUAUUGACUUUAUCACAAAGUUGCGUUCUUGACAAUAAUCAACCAGAUGAAUCUUCUAUUUCCAAGAUCAUAGCAUCCGAAAAAAGUUGUGCUCAAGAAGGAAAUUAUCAUACUUCAAAACACAUUCUUCAUGAACCUGAAUUGCAAUUAUUAUCUGGUGUGGAUGGAGAUAUAAGUGCAGUAGAUCCAUUGCGAUUAACAAAUACAUUAGAUUGCUCAGAUGAAUACGUCAAUAUUAAUGUUUUAGACAAUCCUAAUUUUGUGAAAAAUAUGUCUGACAACAGCAACUCACCUACUAGUAAGAAAUCCAUAAUUAAUGAAAGCAAAACAGAUGAUAGUGAUAUAGAAAUAUUAGAGCACAUUGAAAUUUCUAAAGAUAAUACCAAAAACAGUACUAAAAACAAAGAAGACAAAUUAAACCAAAAAAGCGAUAAAGAUAUCAAAGAAACUUCAAAUGCAGAUUCUGUUGAAAGUAACACUGAAAAACAACAAGUAGAUGCAGCUCAUAGUAGUGUAGAAGCCUCUAAUCCUGCUUCAAAGACACGUGAUAAAUCAGAAAAACCUUUGACUUUGGAAGAUAUCAAGGAUACAGGUUUUACAGGAAAUCAAUUGUAUAAAUGUGGUUAUGAGAAUUGUGAUUACAAUGCUUUAAAUGCAGCUAUACUUCGAAUACAUAUUAAAAAGUGUACUCAUAGAACACAUGAUAAGAAUUUAAAUUGUACACAUUGUGGCAAACGUUUUGUGAAAAUUGGCUUUUUACUUGAGCAUUUAAAAUUACAUGGAUUAAAACGUUUUGGUUGCUCACUAUGUAAAGCACGGUGUACUGUUUCCUAUCAAGCUAUGGCUCAUAUGAGAACAAAACAUAAAAUUCAGUACAGUAAAGUAAUUCCCGCCGAUCCAGAAAAUCCUUCAGCUGAUGGUCUCUUUAUCGUGCAACCUAUACGUCCGAGCAAUGGAGAACGAAAAGGUAAAAAACGGAGAACAGCAAAGAUAUUGGAAAAGGAAGCCGAAAAAACAAGUGAUGUUGAAAAAUUAAGUUUUGGUCCUGAUGAAAUAGAAUUAUUGCCUCGUCAAGCGAUAUAUAAUCGCGAAGUACAAUGUGCUGUUUGCCCUUAUACUACCAAAGUUAGGACAAAUAUUAUUAGACAUCUGCAACUUCAUGCUAAAGAUGAAACUGUACCAGAGAUUGGCCCAGUCAAUCCAGUACCUUGCUUGGAUAAAAAAGAGAGAAUGUUUGACAAAAUGGUUAAUCUUGCAAGUAGUUCUCAUCAAAAUGGUCGAAUGGGAGGAAAACCUAAGGACUCUGCAAAAGAUAACGAUGAGAAUUUUAUACCUAAAUUUGUACCAGAACAUAAAAGAUAUGUAUGUAGUGUAGCAGAAUGUAAUUAUCUUACUGUCGACGAAGCUAUGUUACGAUAUCAUUUAAAAGCAUUGCAUUCGGAUGAACAAUAUUUCCGUUGCCCACAUUGUCCGCAGCCACCUCCGGGCCAAGAAGGACAAAAUAUAGCAAUAGAUAAAAUGGGAGUUCAUUUAAAAAUGCAUGAUACCAGACUUUAUAAAUGUUCUCAUUGUAAUCAUCAUCAUUUCCAUAGUAAUGGAAUGUUAUGUAGACAUAUCAUAGAAAGACAUCUUUCUGAUAAACAUCCGGAGAAGAGACCAUUUGUUAAAGUAAUUAGAGAAUUAGAAAGUACAGAAAAUAUUCAACAACCGACUCAAGAUGAAGUGGAAGAAGAGAUUCCAGAUCCAAAUGGUAACCAUUGGAAAUGUAACAUUUGUGAAUAUAAAUGUGUUUACAAAGCAGAGAUGAUCACUCAUGCGUCUGCAAGCCAUGACGAUAAGAACCAAUUCAAAUGUACUGCCUGCUCUUUCAAAACUGGUGUAAAAGUACUUCUUGAACAACAUAUUGCCAGUAAACAUUCAGGUGAUCCAAAUGCUGAUUAUAUCAUGGCUUACCAGAAGAUAAAAGGUGUAAGUAAAAAAUCUACUGGCGAUUCUACUGAACAAGGGGGACAAGAUGAGCCAUUUGAUACUACUCCUCUUUGGAGAAGAGAUAUGCCACGAGUGAGACAUAUUCGUGGUAUCCUUUUGGAGGAUGAAGAAAUAGGAACCGAAACGUCGUCUAUCAAAACAGGAAAAAGAAAGAGUGAUACAGAGUUAGUUUCUGCAAGACCAGCAAAAAUUAAACAUGGCAAAUCAGUUUCUCUCGAUGAAAACAAGCAUUGUAAAGAAAAAUCAAAACGUUCGCUAUCAUGCGAGAAAAUUUCAAUUGAGAUGAAUAAUUCUAAUGGAAUUGAAAAUAAUACACCAAAGGGAACUAUUGCGAAUAACAAUAAUACUUCAUCUGAGACAACACCAAAAGCCAAUUCAUCUAUUGAAAUCAAUGAUUUUAAUGAAUCAGAUGUAGAAAGAUUUGGACCUUAUGGGAGACCUAUGGGUAAUAUGUAUGUCUGUACAUUAUGUGAUCAAUAUAAAACGAAGUACAAGCACGAUAUGCGAGAUCACCUUUACAGAGAAUUAAAUUAUGCAAGAUGGCACUGCAAGGAUUGUGGAUUUUUGUCGGUAAAUCGUAAUGCUUUAUUAAAGCAUUUUGCCAAAUAUCAUAAUGGAGAACGAACGGAUCAUGCUCCUCUUUCUCCAGAUAAUGCUAUUGAAAAUUGGGUCAGUACUUUGCUCAAGACACAAACCGAUAUAAUGAAAGGAUUGUUAAAACAAGAUAAUAAGGAUAACACAAGUUUGCAAUCUAAUACAACAGACACAGUUUUGUCAGAAUCAACAAAGAAUAAGUCUCCUGUUAUUAAAACGGAUCGUAAUGUCAUAAAUAUCAAUAAAGAUGUUCAAAUUAUAAAAAAUGUGAUUUUGGAUAAGAAGAAGAUUCGCCAUGACAUCAUUAACAAAAAUAAAAAUAUAGAUAUCAGUAAUGAUGAUGAUAAGGAUGAUGAUGAUGAUGAUAGUGAUAGUAACAAGAAUCUUGUUAUUGCUACCAACGAUGACGAUGAAUCUUGCCAAGAAAAAGAUGAAGAAAUAUUACAAGCAAAUACAAGUAAAGAUUUAUCGAAGAAAGAUGCAGACAAACCUCUGAUCUGUAAGCAUUGCAAAAUGAAAUUUGCUAGAUGGCGUGGAUUAAAAUUACACGUGCAAAUAACGCAUUUAAAACGUCUUGGAUUCCUAUGUCCUUAUUGCGAUCGUAGCACUAAUUCCGAAAGCUUGAUGCGUCAACAUAUUCGUUCAAAACAUUCUGGUUGCGUUGAGAAACUAAUUAGUAAUCCUCAUGCUGGAGGAUUAAGUGAUGAAUUCUGGGAGAAGGAAUAUGGUAUUGUUAGUCCAAAAAAACGUAUUAGAAAAAAAAGAGGAAGGGGAAAUGAUCUAUCUAUUAAAACCGAUCGUAAUCGUAUGUCACGUGAAAUGCAAACAGUUUGUAAACAAUGUGGUUUUACUGCUAUGAGUCAUACUGGACUGAGAGCACAUCUAAGAAUACAUGUAUCGAACAAUGCUAUUAAGUGCCAAGAAUGCAAUUUUAGUAGUUCUAUCAAAGCAGAACUUCGGGAACAUUGGGAGCUUAAUCAUUCUCAUCUACCAUUUACAUUGUUGGACAAUGUACCUACAAAGGAUAUUGAAUCUACCAGUGCUGAUAUGAGAAAAGAGAAAUCUAAAAAAGAUGCAGAAGGCUGCAAUACAAAAGAUGGAUCUUCUACAAAUAACUAUGGUUCAAAGGAAAAGAAAUUCUCUUGCUACUAUUGCAAAAUGCAAAGUAGUUCUAUAGAGAUACUACGAAAACAUUGGAGUUCAAGUCAUCAAACUUCGACAAUAGAUGAAUUAGAAGGAACGACGAUAGAUCUUCCAUUCAAAUAUAAAGAAAUACACACACCAGUUUCGUCUGUAAAAAAUACAGAAGACACCGACGACGUUGAUAUGACUGUUCAAAAGGUAAAUAAUUGCAAAAUUAAGGGAUGGGUUUGUCAGUGGUGCGAUGAGCUAUGUUACUCUGAAAGCGCUAUGAAAACUCAUCAAAACAUGUUUCACUCUCAUCUACCAUUUCAUUUCAAAACGGAUAGUGGAGAAGAAUUACAUAAAAUAUACGUUUGUCCAAUAUGUUCUUUCACAACGAUUUUUAUCAAUGACAUGAGAAAACAUGCGUCCAAACACAUCAAUCUUUUUAAAUGUAAACAUUGUGAUAAAACCUUUAAUAAUCCAAGUCAAGUUGAAACGCAUAAUAAUAAAGAACAUCCACAAUUACAUGUGAAAAUAGAAAGUAUAACAAAUUAUAAAGAUAUGUUAGAGAACAUAAUGGAAAGAGUUUUAUGGAAUAGUAUGAGUGGAACAGAAGUAAAAGAAGAAAUGAAACAAGAGAAAAGAUUAUUAAAACCAAAAUUAAAAAAUCGAGCAGUUGCCAGAAAAUCUACUGCCAAAUCAACUAUACGUGCGCGUAGUAGUCCAUACAAAGUAAAAGCUGUUGCUCGAAAAUCCAUAAAUCCGUUACCAAGAUAUCCUCCUGGUACUAAUUUAUUAAUUAAUAAUUGUAAAAAUGAAGAUAAUUCUAACAAAACUACAUUUAAUCAAUUCUCGUUUUAUGGAAUUCCAUCAAGACCUAUUAAUUUAGGACAAUUAAGUACAUACAUGGUAGUUGGAGGUCAUAGAAUGAAAGUAAAUUGUACUACUCUUGCUCAGCUGAUAAAUAUUAAUCCACAUAUAAAACUUAAAGAUAUUAAGAAUGAUGUAAAGUAUGUUUCAAUUUUUUCAAAAACAAAACAGUGAAAUUUAUUAAACAAAUCAUUACAUUGACUGUCAAGCAACUCUAUAUAUAGCACAGCACAGCACGUAGCAAGAAUCUCAAGUAGUAAUUUGACCUAUAAUCUAUGUAUUAAAUAAGUAGAUGUGUCGGCUUUUAUUAUAUAUAAUAGUAUUGAUAUAACUUCAAUAAUAUUUAUGCAAAAAUUUGUAUUUCUUUUAAUUAGUAACUUUGUUUAAUAUUUAGAUAAAUACUUAAAAUAAAAGUAUUAGGUAACCCUAAAAGUUUUUUCGUUUUUAAACACUGCCAAAUUAAAGCAGUUGCGUACGAAUAGCGAAAAAAACUUUUGAAACAACCUAAUAUUAUAAUAUCUAAGUAGAUUUAUUUUUUUAUUAGGCAUUACAUUUAUUUGUAAUAUUCCGUUAAAAUAUUAAUUUAUUAAUAAAUUGUAUUAUUUUUAUUGUUUACUUAUAUUGUACGUAACAAGACAAAUGUUUGUUGUUUGUUUAACAACAAGUUUCUCAUACAAUAUACAAGUAUCAAUGCUAAAUAAGUAUUCUAUAAGAACGGUAGUAAUAAAAAAUACAUUGUAUCACUAAAUGGAAAGUCCUAUCAAAUAAUUAGAUAAGAUUUCUCAGUAUAAAUAUUUUGAUAUGAAAUAAUGAUUUUUCAGUACUAUAAUUAUAUUUAGAUUACAACUUUAUGAUGGCAAAUAAUUUUCAAAAAGUAAAAUCUUAGAAGAUUUCUCGAAAUUUUGUUGAGAAUAAUUUGUUAUUUAUCUUGUAUAGGAUAAUAGGAUAAUAAGAUAUCGUAAUUAUACUAGUACCGUAAUUAUACUUGUUCUGUGUAAAUAGUCAAUAUAUUCAUUGUAUACAAAUAGAAAUAGUAGUAUAAUUGUAUUGGAUGUGUAUUAUCUAAUGAUACCUUUUUUCUGACACUAUUACAAAAUUAAUAGAAAAAUUAAUCGGCAAAUAAUAAAUCCUUCAAAAAAAAAAAAAGAAAUUGAAAAUGAUCCUACUGUAUAAAAAUAAGACUGAGAGGUAUCUUAAACAUUAAAUCAUCUAUGAUUAACAUUAUUGUAAAUACUAUGUAUCAUAAAUGUCAAAUAAAUAUUUUUGAUUUUUAUAAUUUAAUAAAUUUUUAAUAAGAGAAUAAUAAUGAUUUCAUUAUGAAAAUGUAGAAAGGUAAUGUGUGAAUUAUUGUUAAAAGUGUGCAGUGUCUUGAUGCUGUCUUAUUAUAUAUAUAGUUCAUUUUAUUUUAACUGUGUAACUUAAAAUAAAGUGUACAUGUUAUUAAGACACAAAAAA